AUGAAACAAUUUCUAUUACUUGCUCUUCUAAUUCUAUGUAACGCUAAUAAUGAUGAACUUAGUCAAAUAACAUUAAUGACUUAUAAUAUUAUGUUUGUACCAAGAUUACUUGUUUUAGAACGUGAUCAAAUAACUCGUGCUCAUUUAUUAACAAAAGCAAAAUUUCUUCGUACAAGUGAUAUACUUUGUUUACAAGAAGUAUUUGAACCAAAACCAAGUCAAAUUUUACUUAAUUCUCUUGCAAAUACAUAUGCUUAUAGUACACCAAUAUUAGGUAAUCAAGAAGAUCAAGAUUCUUGGGAUGAAACAUGGAAUCGUCAAAUAGGUCGAAGUUCAUUAAAAUUUCUUAGUGGUGGUUUAACAAUUCUUAGUAAAUGGCCAAUUAUUUAUACUGCACAAUAUUUUUAUAGACAUUCAUGUAGUGGUCAUACAUUUGUACGUAGUGGUUUUAUUUAUGCACAAAUAUUAUAUGGUAAAAAUCAAAUUCCUAUUCAUAUUAUUGGUACACAUUUACAACCAAGUGAUCAUCAUGGUUGUUAUGUAUCAAGUGAAGAUGAAACACGUGAAAAACAAAUGUAUGAAAUAAUAGGUUUUAUUGAUGCACGAAAUAUAUCAAAAAAUGAAUUAAUUUUCUUUCUUGGUGAUUUUAAUAUUGAUAAAUAUAAUACUGAACAAUAUGAAGCAAUGAUUGAUAUAUUACGUGUUCACGAACAAUAUUUGUAUCCAACAAGUAUACCAUGUACUUGGGAUAGUUCAUUUAAUGCUAUGACUAAUGCAAAACAUCAAGAAAAUCAAUUAUUAGAUUAUAUAUUUAUACAUAAAGAUCAUACAUUAAAUAAUUCACUAUGGUUUAAUCUUAUUAUUGAUCCAAUGGCAUCUGAACAAUGGCAUUUACUUGGUAAAAAUCGAAUGUUUUAUAAUACACGUAAUAUACCAUUAAUGGAACUUUCAGAUCAUUAUCCAGUUUGGGGUUUUUUUAAUUUAAGUAAAUAUCAAUGGCCUGAACAAUCAUCAGGUAUUCUUACUUAUGUAAAUUUUGUAACAGUUGAUACAAAUUUACCUGUAAUGAUUAUUGAUCGUAAUAUUCAAAUAGGAAAUUCAACAAAUGAUACAGGUUCAAUAUUUAUUUUAACAAAUAAUGGUACACCACGUCGACAUCGAUGUUUAAAAUCAGAACAAUAUAUUAUAUUAAUUAAUGGUAAUCAAUCAGAAUUUUAUUUAUCUGAUGCAAAAUAUUUUCGUAUGAAAUAUGGAAUGGAACAAGUUAAUCGAUAUUUAAAAAUCAUUCAAAUUGAUAAUACAACAAAAUGUAUACAAACAAAUUCAACAUUUAUUUUACAAACACGUUUAUCAACAGGAUUUUAUUAUGUUAAUCAUAGUUCAUCACAUUUAUGUUCAUGUACAAAAGAUAGAAAUCAAGCUCAAGUGUUUCGAUUAAUUGAAGUUGAACGAAAAAAUAUUAGUUGUAUUAUAACACAUUAA